AUGAAGAUAAUUUGGGGUGAGAUUGCCCAGGGAAUCCUCUUUCUUUCUCUGCUUGGACAUGGAAUUGUCGCCAACGUGCUUGUAUUUGUAGGACAUUUAAGUACGUUAGUUAAGGGUCCUGAGAGAAAACCCGUAGACCUUCUCAUCAUCCAUCUGGUUUUUGCAAAUGCAAUCAUUAUUUGUACCAAAGGAAGCAAUGACCUAGCCACCAUCUUUCAUCUGGGGGAUUUCCUAGGGGAUCUUGGGUGCAAACUCGUGCUGUAUCUGGUCCGAGUGGCACGAGGCCUUUCCAUCUGCACCACCUGUCUGCUCUCCGUGCUCCAGGCCAUCACCCUCGGUCCCAGGAGCGCCUCCUGGCAAAAGCUCAAACCGCGAACCCCACGGCAAAUGCUCCCCUACCUCCUCCUGAUCUGGGUCAUUAAUUUCCUCAUAAGCUCCAACUUGCUCUUCUUGAUGACGUCAGCCUAUAGCAUGAACACAUCUGGAAUCAGUCCACUCAGUGGACAUUGCCACAUGCAAGAAACUGGGCCGGUAAUGCAAUGGCUCUUCGUGGCCCUCAUGGCUCUGCGGGACAUUUUCUUCCAGAGCCUCAUGGGCUGGAGCAGUGGGUACAUGGCUGUCCGUCUGUAUAAGCAUCAUCAACGCGCCCUUUCCCUUCGGAAGGCCAGGCUGCAAGGAAACCUCAGCCGGGAGUUGAGAGCCGCUCACAGUAUCCUCGUUCUCAUGACCUGUUUCCUUUUCUUUUACUGGUUAGAUUUUCUUUUCUCUUUUUUCAUUGCCUCCUCCUUGACCGUCAAUCCUGUCAUUUUGACUAUUAAAAUGUUUCUAACAAUUGGCUAUGCUAGUCUCAGCCCCUUGGUGUUGAUCAGCAGGAAUGCUUGUGUGGCUAAGGUCUGA